AAAUUCCUCUCGUUAGUUUUUUUUUCCUCUUUUGGUCUGAAAAAUCCGCCUGUUAGUUAAAAGUCCAAACGCGCCUAACUACUCGUUUCCUUUUCUCAUACACUUCUCUUCUCUCUCUCUCUCUCUCUCUCGCUGUGUUUCUCAAUUUGGUCUUCAGAGAAAAUGGAAGCCAUAGACUCAGUCGUCGAUCCUCUCAGAGUGUUCGCAAAGGAAAGCACUCGACUGGUGAAGAGGUGCCACAAGCCUGAUCGCAAAGAGUUCACGAAGGUGGCGAUCCGUACAGCCAUCGGGUUCGUAGCAAUGGGAUUCGUUGGGUUUUUCGUGAAGCUGGUCUUCAUCCCCAUCAACAACAUCAUCGUCGGCUCUGUUUAGUUCAGGCUUAAGGUUCUGAGUUGACUAGAUCAUGGAGGCAGGCAGCAACUUGUACUCAAAGAGAAAGCAAUAGUAUUUUAGUUUACUUCUCAUUUGGUUGGGCUCUUCUUUGCCUUAGUUCUGUAAAACCAUGAUGCUUCUUUUUGCCUCUUGAGAAGAAACAUAUGUAAAACUGUGAUACAUCAACUUGUUUAGUUUUCCAUAAUUGAGACCUCAUUCCCUCA